CAGGUCGUUUCGUAUUUGGUCAUGUUUCGCCUUCGGCCUGGCUACGGCAGCCUUGCCACGGUCACGCUUGUACUACGACCAUGUCGAGCCAGACAACACCCCCCGGCUCUUCUUCGGAAUUUAUUGCAGUGUCAUCACAAAGGAAGCGAAAAAACAGGCCUCGCAGGGACAGACCGUCCGUCUCCGAUCUUGUUGAGCGCACCAAACAAGAUCUUCAAAACGACCCGUGGACAGCUGCUGCCAUCCAAAUUGUGCGGGAGUCGUCUGGCGCCAUACACAACAACGGAUGUCCUGACGUAUUAUGCCUUGGCCUCGGAAGUCCCUGUUCGUCUCCAAAUAGCCGGGCGCAGCUGGCCUUUCUGCUUCUUAUCUGUAAAUCCCUCAACAUAGACCACUCACGAGUCUCCUUGUAUGAUCCUGUAUUCACGGAGGAAGAUCUAUGUUUCUUUGCAGAACAGAAACUGAAGGUAUUGCCAACGAACAAUGAAAGGGAAGGCUAUGCGAUCGAAAGCCCUACCCUUGUUUAUAUGCCUCAUUGCGACAUGGAGCUUCAUGAAGGCAUACUCAAGGACAACAGCACUGUGCGAAACGCUGUCCUUAUCUGCAACCGUCUCGGUGAUUACGUUGAGAGUAAUCCUUCUCACAAGCUCGAAGCCAGGGUUCCAUAUCUAUGCCGAAUUGUCCCUUUCCUAGUAUCAGUGCCAUUGCCUCCGUCCAAUGUCUGGCCUACUGCUUUUAACAAUACAUCAGUCCAGUACCUUCCUAUAUGCAAUUUUGAUGCUUGGUCCUCGGAGAAUGUUCCUUACUCCGGCGAACAGAGCGCUGCCUUAUCCGCCUCCGACGGCGAUGCAUCGGCCGAAGCUGGGGCAAGAAAGGCGUAAUCGCCGUGUCCUCGUUUUUGCUGUUCAAUCAACUAGUCACAAUCAAAGAACCCUUCAUAUGUCUACUUACAAGGAUAGCCAAAAAGAGAGAGAGAGAAACAGGAGUA